AUGGAUUUUGAUGAUUUUGCGAUGGAACUUGGUGAUAUUGCGGUUGAUUUUGGUGGCCAGCUCGAAGCUGAUUUUCCGGAGGAGCAGCAUCGGCACGAAAGUACUUCGAGUGAGCAUGCACUUCGUGCGCUAAAUGAACUUGUACGAAGAUCGCCGAAACGCCUCUUGGAUGCAAAAGAUGUGGAAGAACCAGUU